AUGUGUGACAAAAUCUUCAGCACCAGGGUGGCCAGUUUUACGAGCGACUUUGAAACCUCAUACAACUUCUAUCAGGAGGUUCAACCAGCCGCGAAAGAGUCUUUGCCUUGGUUCAGGAGCAGCAUUGGAUCCACCAGGCUGAGGCGCUCUAAGGGACCUCAAGGAUGUCGAGGUUACGCAGAAGCUUUCUUCUCCCAGCGUCAGGUGCAGGUUGAUCAGUUGAUCCUUUGGAAACGUGGGCUCUGUGGCGCAGAGGCUGCCGAGUGGAUUUCCACAGCCAUUGUGUGGCACUUCAGUUCUUGCAAUCUUCAGGUUUCGGAUGGUUUCGGCCCAGUGACUCAGCGCCAGUCAGCUCGUCCUGGCGCCAUGGCUGAGAAGUUUGAAGUGGAUCUGACGCAGCCAGGCAUUGGAGAUGCGGUGAAACUUGGGAUCAACAUUCCUCAGGAUUUCUUGGAGAAACUCUGGGUCGACCCGGAUUUCCCCCUGGAUUACCGCUCUGUGGGGAUCGAGAAGGAUAAAGCGAUGAGCGUGGCCGGGCGACUUUUGGACCAUGCCUGGUGUCCGAUUUCCUACAUCCAUCCCAAAAAGCCGCUGCUUCCCAAAGACGGCAUCGACCCAGCGGACCUGAUGCAGGGCGCCUUAGGUGACUGCUGGCUGAUUACGGCGAUCUCGACCAUGGCGGAGUACCCCGAAGCGGUGAAGAAUCUCUUUGUCACCAAGGAGCACAAUGAAAUUGGACAAUAUGUCCUGCGCUUGUGGUGUGAAUAUUAUCAAGAGUGGAUUCAUGUCAAAGUGGAUUCCUUUGUGCCCAUCGACUUGAAUGGAGGUGCUGCAUAUGAAGGGAAGUCUUGCGUCUAUGUGAAUCCAACGGAUGAGUCGGUUUGGAUGUGUAUUUUGGAGAAGGCCAUCGCCAAGAUCCAAGGGAAUUACCAGCAGUUGAACGGCGGUCUGGUUUCGGACGGCUGGAAGAUCAUGUGUGGCGCCAGCGACACAGACAUCGAGAACUGGGAAAUCAGCGAAGCGGGGUGGGGGAAGAGGAAGAUGCCGUUCGACCUCCAAAAUCUGGAUGUUCAGUGGGAUGAGAAAAGCAAAUCCUACAAGAAUCCAGACCAUGCAUCUGGUCCACUCACAGCGGAAGAGUUCUUUAAAUACGUGGAGGAGUGGGACUCUAACAAGUACCUCAUCUGUGCAGGUAUCAUUGCCAAGAAGAAUCCCAACCUGAAGCAUGUCGAUGUGGAGGAAUCCGAGGGCAACUUGCAGAACGGCUUAGUGACAAAACAUGCGUACGGUGUUUUGUCCGCCUACCAAGGGCAUGGGGUCCAACUGGUGAGGGUCAGGAACCCUUGGGGCAAGAAGCAGGAGUACUCUGGGGACUGGUGCGAUGCCUCUGAGAAGUGGACAGAAUAUCCGGAGGUGGCCAAAGAGGUGAACUUCAAGCCUCGUGUGGAUGGGAUCUUUUGGAUGACCAUCCAAGAUUUCUGCACCUACUUCACCCUGGUGCAGGUGCUGAAGAAGAGUCAACCGGGCUCGCGGGCUGCAGAUAUGCCCUAUGAAGAAGAGCGUGCGGCGAGGGUGAAAGCUGCGCGGGAGAAAGCUGUGCGAAUCAGAAAGGAGAUCCAUGACAACGGCGGAUGGUACACAGAUGAGGCAGAAAGUUGGAGAGGUGGAAAGGAACCGGGCAUUCGCGUCUUCGAAGACCCUGAGCUCUUCGAUCUGGUCACCAAGGCCUAUAUGGACUUGUGGGGCAUUCCCGAGAACAACGCCAAGGACUUUGCGGAACACGCCCGGACCCCGCUGCCUCCGAAGAUGGAACGUGUCCUGGCCGAGCGGAAGAAGCAGCAGAGUAAACCAGAGAGCCCACCGCAGUGGAUGAAGGCAUGCUGCAAAUCAUUGCCUCCAGAUGAAGUCUUUGCGGCUGGUCCAGCAUCUCCCACUGCGGCAGGCAGUGGCCUGGGUGCUGUCCGCGCCUUGCAGGCGGAGCUCCCCUUGCAGGCUGAAGUUCCUGAGCCCUUUUCGGGUCCGACUGACGAACAGAGGGCGGCCAUUCUGGCCGAGAUGGAGGCAUGUCGUUUGAAAGCCAGGGAAGAGCUUCAAGCCAGGGCGGCGGCGAAUGAGGCUAGGGAGGCCGAUCCUUUGCAGGAUCUGAAGGGUACUAGGAAGUAUGAUGAAGCCAGGGCGGAGAUCGCGAUGCGAGACGACCUCAGUCAAACGGAGAAGUGGGCCGCCAUGGGCAUGUUCUGA